AUUUAUAUUUAAAAUUUGCUGAAAGAAAAACAAAGAACACUGCCCCAGAGUUGUAAAACUUGCCCAGUAUUUUUCUUUCGUAGUCUCAAUUAAAAUAAUGAACAAUAAAGAAGAAAUAGAUGAUAAAGUUAUCUACUUAAAAUAUUUAAGACACCUUAUAAUGAAUUAUUUGCCAAAUGAGCUUAGUAUUAGUAUGAUUUUGUGUAUGGUUGUUUUACCUGUCUUCAUCCUGUCAUGCCGUUUCAUUAUUAACUGCAUGAUCAGUCUUUGUACAUCAAGAAGUAUACACUAUAUGCCUCAACAGAGAGCAAUUGAAGUUGUCAAAUAUUUCAAUCCUUUCAUGUUUCAUUUGCACAAUUUAAAUGCCAGCUAUAAAGGUAUUAAAUGCACCAUUUGUUCUAAAACCAACUGCUUUAUUGUUCCUCUGUGGAAUGUUCCAAUAUAUGAUCUCUUUAAACUCCUGCAUCAAGUUAAUUUGUCUAAUAUUAAUAGAUCUAUCAGUGAUUUUACUGUUAAGAAUAAAUGUGGAAAUUCAAGUGAUCUCUUUUUCUUGCCUGAAGGUGAGGAACUUACUAAAGAAUUUCAGCCACCUGAAGAACUUGAUUUUGAAGCUGUUCAAACAUCUUGUCCAAGGUUGAAAUAUCCUUUUGUACUCAUAAUGUUUAAUAAAACGCUCUCAAACAUAACAAAUCCCGAAAUGAUGCUGUUAGCAAAUAUUAUCCACAUACCAGAUCAAGAAAUAAAACUACCAGCUGAACUUUAUCUACAAUAUGCCAAAAGUUCAAAUGGCUAUCUUGGUAUUGUUAAAAAAAUUUACCCUGGAUCAUUUGAGUCAUCACAAACUGGAAAUGAACUUUGUGUUGUGUGUAUGUCUAGAGAAAUAUCUGUAGUUGUGGUACCUUGUGGACAUAUAUGUUUGUGCCAAACAUGCUUUGAACUGUGCAAAAAUUGCCCCAUUUGUCGUGGUCCAAUACAUUAUUAUUUUGUAUCAAAUACAGUCUCUCAGAGCUAGUCUUUCAAUUUGAAAAAUGUGAUAUUUUGCAUUUCUGACAUUUGUAUUAUUUGGUAUCAUUUGUUGCAGCAACUAAAAAAUUCAUUUUUUUGAAGGUGUUAUAAACUUUUCAUGAUUUUUCUUCAUAGAAUAAAUGUUAGUAAGCACUUACAAGCACAAAAAAUAUAAAUAAAAGACAGUAUUGAAAAA